UCUUUCAGCAGCACAGUCCAGGCAGCGCGUCCAUCUGGCAGUGCCGUACCAUCCAUCCAUCCCGCCAGGUUUGAGGCGAGGGGGGCGCCGCCACAGUGGCUGCUUUUGUGCGCAUUGUGGAGGCGGCCACGAGCUCCGCGCCGUCCAAUGCUUUCUGCGCGCCGGUGGGCUGAGCCAGGAAAGCGGGCGGCCGCAGUGGUAGGCGGAAGCGCCUUGCCGUGACCUUAAAGAAGGCUGCGUCGCCACCGCCGCCUCUUUCUCCCGCGACUAGACCAUGUUGGCCUCCCGGAUUCUUGUCAGGGGAGUCGCGGCAGCGUCGCGAGGAGUCGCUGCUCAGGUCUCAUUGCCUUUUGCCACAGGGCCCAGACAAGAUGAUGGCACAUUUUAUGAAUUCCGUACCUAUACAAUUAAGCCAGACAAGGUGAAAGACUUUCUGGACCUGACCAGUAAAAACAUUCACCUUCGUACAGCUCAUUCCCAGAUGGUUGGAUACUGGACCUCAGAAUUUGGGGGAAUGAAUAAAGCUUUUCAUAUUUGGAAGUAUGAGAGCUUUGCUCAAAGAUCUGCUGUCCGGACAGCAUUAGCCAAAGACCAAGAAUGGCAGGAAAAAUACAUGUCUCGAAUGCUACCCUUGUUAGACAAACAAGAGAAUGAAAUUGCUUACCUGGUGCCCUGGUGUGAACUUAACAGCCCUCCAAAGGAUGGAGUCUAUGAGAUGGUUUCCUUCCAGAUGAAGCCUGGCGGACCAGCAGUGUGGGGGCAAUCCUUUAAAGCAGCUGUUAGUGCUCAUAUAAAGACAGGCUACACUAAGCUGGUUGGCGUCUUCCACACAGAAUAUGGACUCCUUAACAGAGUUCAUGUGCUUUGGUGGAAUGAGAACCCAGACAGUCGUGCAGCUGGGAGACACUAUGCCCACGAGGAUCCCAGGGUAGUCGCAGCUGUUCGGGAAAGUGUUCAGUUCCUGGAAUCACAGCAGAACUGUCUCCUGAUACCUACAGAAUUUUCACCCUUGAAAUAGUUUUCUAUACCUACUAAGGGGGAUUUUUAAAAAGUAUUUCCAAGUGAGUCGGUGCUGUCAUAAUCAAGCCUUAUUUUUUCUGCACAAACCCAGUCUUCAUCCUCUGUUUCUGCUUGUGGCAGUACACCUAGUUCUCUUGUUGGAAGUGAUAGUUGACACAACCCGCCCACUAAAUCAGAAUUCAAAGCUGAUGUAAGCUAUAUAUAAAGAAUAGCUUCCAUACAUUAUACUGAGGUUGUCCUUCUUGUGUAGUUAAGAUUUGUGAAAGCAGGACAGUCGUGUACAGCACUCUAAGGCUGGAAAUAAACAGGCAGAAGCAAUCCUGUGGAGCUUUGCAGGGGUAGGAAGAGUCCGCAGCAGAGGAGCCACCACUUCAUAACCUCUGCCAGCCUUGCCCUGGCCAAGGCAGAAGGGAGGGCAGCUAUUUCCCUUCUUGCUUGCUGCAAGUUCUUUUCUCUGCAUCAUCCCUUCCACCCCCAAACUGGUUUCAGUGGGAAGGAAGACAAUUAUGCCAACUCGAGCUACCAGGGGCAUGUGUAUGAAAUAAGGCUUCCCCCAAUCCAUCCCGACUUAUUACCCCAAUUGCCUGCAGAGAUUUCUGCUGCCUAUUAAGGCAGGUGGGCUUCCAAAGUGCUUGUCCAUGGGUGGACCUCCCUCUCCACCUGCAGAAGGAAACGGCCACAAUAUUCUCUAGCCCUUGUGACACCCUCGCCAGGACCAAACAAUUGCACCCUAAGUGCACUGAAAGUGAUUUGAGAGAGGCAUUGUUUCCCAGUGUCUGUGUUUCUUUUACACCAUUGUUUAGUCAUACCAUAGUUGCAGAGUUUUCAAACAAUGCACACGGAGAAACUGAGAAGAUUGGUACAUAUCAUGAGCCGUGAUUCCGUUUUCAAACUCCCUCCAGUGGUCCAUAAAUGCUACUGUCCACCUAAGUUCUUUUAAAGCUCAAAAGCUACAUCAGUCUGAGAGAGAGAGAUUUGCCGCUGGUGAUGAUGUAAAGUUCCAGCAGUAGCCUAAGCAAUGUAAUGUCUAAGUUUCUGGCUGCCUUUGGAUUAAAAUUAGGUCAAAGAAACCCUUGCAGAGCAGUUUAGGUUGUGGUUGAGUGAAUCAUGAAGAUGACCUCUUUUUUUUUUUUUUCCAAAUGUUUUUUCAUGCUAUAUGGGAGCUCACCUAUCAGUUUCUGUCUAGGGCCCAGGGUGGCUUUUACUUUCUUUUCAAUACACAGAAAAAAUCAUUUUAGUCUUUCUAUGCAGUUAGGGCGGGCACUGGCUUAUUAAAAUGCUAAAACUGUGAAUUAACCUAAUCUUUCUGAAAGCAUCUCUGUUAACUCAUUCAUGUCUAUUUCAUAUUAUACGGUCUGCACAUGCUUGCACGUUUGGAACCAUCACCACCACACAUCAAUUCCUGAAAUGUAAAUGUCAAAAUGUGAACAUUAAACAAUGAUUUCUAAAGUUUA